AUGUCGGACUCGUCGCACAUCCAGAGACUUCACACGAACGACCUUGAGUUGGGUGCAACAGAGGCCAUUCAAAAACACUACGAGCGCCAUGUCGUUUCACCCAAGGCUGUGUCCCAACGCAAACUUGACUUUGAGCGAGCAAGACCGAGAUGGCUGCGAGAAAUGAUGGCCGAAGCUACCGGUGUCUUCUUCUAUGUCUAUCCUGGUAUCGCUGCAACAGCUUCCUUCUUCCUCAAUGAGACCAACCCUGCAUUCGGAAGUCUACUUCAGAUCGGCUUUGCGUUUGGCUUCGGUAUUGCCUUUGCUAUCAUCACCUGCGGCUCCACGUCAGGAGGCCACUUCAACCCUGCUAUGACAAUCUGCUUUGCUACUUGGCAAGGUUUCCCAUGGAAGAAAGUCCCUUACUACAUCUUCGCUCAAAUAUUUGGUGCCUUCAUGGCAGGUCUCUUCGUCUACGGUCAAUACCAUCAGCAAAUCACUGCAUAUGCCGCCGAAACCAUCGCUGCAGGUAAAGGUACAGUCUUCAACGGCGGUCCGGCCAGUAUCUUCUGCUCCUUCCCGGGAGAAACACAAAAACUCGGCUACCUUUUCAUGAUCGAGUUCUUCGUAGACUCCUACAUCGGCAUCGUCCUCUGGGCUUGUCUCGAUCCUGCCAAUCCUUUCAUAUCACCUGCGGCAGCUCCUUGGGCUGUCGGGCUGGUGUAUAGUGUCAUGGUGUGGGGCUUUGCCGAUAUCACCGUCAGCACAAACAUGGCUCGUGAUCUUGGUACUCGCAUGGUCGCAGCCAUCUUCUUCGGCAAAGAAGCUUUCACCUACAAAAACUACUCUUGGAUCUCCAUCCUUGUCAACAUCCCAGCUACACUGUUCGCUACAGCUUAUUACGAGAUGUUGAUGAGAGAUAGUCUGCAGAAGAUUGGCAAAGGUGCUGCAUUCCAUGAAGAUGGCGAGGAAGGCUUGAACUUGCAUCUCACAAAGAGUGGGGUCAGUAGACAAAGCCCCAUGAGUCCUUCCAUGCAGAAGGUAUUCAGUCUUGGGUCAAAUGGCUCUACUCUGAACUCGGCAUCCAAGAUGGAGCUUGGAUUCUCACUUGCUGCUGAGAACCGUACCAAUGGAGGUAUCUAG